CUUGAAUCAAUUAUUUUGAUGUGAGUUUUCAAUUUUGUUGAAUUCCCAUGAUUUCUAGGGCUGGGUUAAUUAAUUUGUUUCGGUGCAAUUCAUUCAAAGUCUAUCGUUAUUUGUCAACAUCUAAAGGAAUUAACAAUAUGGGUGACUCUCAAGGUGCUAGCGGUGAACCUGAAUUUAAGGUUGAUAAGGAAUCGUUGAAAUCUCGGCUAACCGAUAUCCAGUACAGGGUGACUCAAGAAGCGGAUACCGAAAUGCCAUUCACUGGUGAAUAUUUGAAAUUAAAGGACAAUGGAAUGUACGCCUGCUUAAUUUGUGAAUCUGAAUUAUUCUCAUCAAAUACCAAAUACGACUCUGGAUGUGGUUGGCCUGCCUUCUUUGAUGUCAUCGAUAAAACUAAAGUAAAGCUGACAGUUGAUAAAUCCCUUGGUAUGGUACGUACCGAGGUAACUUGUGCUAAAUGUAAUGCCCACCUUGGUCAUGUUUUUGAUGAUGGACCAAAGCCUACUGGAGUCCGUUAUUGUAUCAACUCUGCUUCAUUGAAAUUCAAGAAAAAGACAUAAAAUUAUGAAACAUUAUAAUACAGUUUAACUUUUGCUCUCCUAUUCCAUUAAUUCACAAUUGUAACAUCCUGAUCAGUGGUUUUGAUUUAAUUUUUACUUCUGAGCAUCAGUUUGAAUCAUCCUGGUAAAUUAUCAAAUGUUGGAUCCACGGGAAUAUUUUGAAAUGAAUAUUUCAGAAUCUCAAAUGGAAGUUGAACCCUAAUGAAUUUAAAAAAAUCGGUGUUAAUUUAUUUGCAAUUUUUCUAUUCCUUCACAACUUUUAUCCCUUUAAUGCCAAGACAUUUUGUCAUUGCAAAAAUCCUUGUUUAUUGUUUAUUAUCUCUAAUAUUAAGAUUAAAUCUCAACAAUCCGUUAAAAUACAAAUAAA